CACUGGUGGGAGGGCAGAGCACAGCCCCUAUGUCCCUUUAUGUCUCUCCUGUCUGAGGCCAGAGUAGGCCUUGGAGCUGGGCCACCGCAGUACAGCCUGUAUGCUGGGUCAUUGGGGAACACUGGAGACUUUCUGAAGGGGUGUCGCUUGAGCUGGGCCUCCCACGAUGGGGGAUGGGCAGCAUCUUAGGAAGAGGAGCAGUCUGAAGGUUGGGAGGUCUGGAAAGUCUCCAGGGCGGCAGCAGACUGGGAGGAGGGGUUUCCCGAGAGACCGUCUGUGCCUCCUGCUUCGUGCUGGGGCCUCAGGCCCCAGGGAGGCAGUGAUUGGGUGGGCAGUGGUGCUGGGAAGGACCUUGGACGAGGCAGGAGGCCAGCCUGACUCGCACAAUUCUGCCUGGCCUCUCCGCCUGUGGGAGAGACUGCGCCAAGACUCAGAGGGGCACCAAGCAGUAAGGAUGCGGUGAAGGGUCUGGAUCCGCUUAGGCUCCAGGGCGAGCUUGGGGAAGAAACCACGAGAGUCCCACACGCAGGCCUCUACGCGGUGGUGAUGGUGGGGACUCCCUCAGACCUUGGCCAGAGAAGAGUGGAGCUGGCCUGGGGGUGGGGACCAUCAGGGCUCUUUCCGGGAAGUGGCGGGGGAAGUUGGGGAUCAUGUAGCUCCUAAAAUGGCGAGGCGGGGACAUGCAAGGAGGUGGCCGAGGAGGAGCGCGCUGGCAGCCGCCCCAGGCCAAUCCAGAAAGUGCUCGGCCACAAUUAGACAACCGACAGCAGUGGUGGCUGGGGGGGUGGAGGCCGUGCGGGGAGCGGUCCCCGGGCUCUCCGCUAUCCUCACUCGCGGUAAUUUUACUACCUGCCGGCUACUGGGGGGCGUCAUGAUUGGCUGCGGGCCGACAGCUUCAGCGCGGAUUGGCUGCUCGGGCCAGGAGGCCGGACCCGAGUCCGCCCCCCGAACUUUCAAAGGGGAGGGACCCCGGGAGGUGCCGGCAGACGCGAAGUCUGUGUUCAGGCCAGUGGAGCAAGCUGAGAGGUCAGUGAGCCGGCAGCGCGGGCGCAAGGGCACCAGAAUCCACGCAGGGCGCCGUUUCUGCUCCAGCCAUGGGGUCGGCGGCGCUGGAGAUCCUCGGCCUGGUGCUGUGCCUGAUGGGCUGGGUGGGCCUGAUCCUGGCGUGCGGGCUGCCCAUGUGGCAGGUGACCGCUUUCCUGGACCACAACAUCGUGACGGCGCAGACCACCUGGAAGGGGCUCUGGAUGUCGUGCGUGGUGCAGAGCACGGGGCACAUGCAGUGCAAGAUGUAUGACUCGGUGCUGCUCUACGCGUUCUGCGGGCUGCUGGCGCUCGUGCCGCUCUGCUGGUUCGCCAACAUUGUGGUCCGCGAAUUCUACGACCCGAAUGUAUCCGUGUCAAACAAGUACGAACUGGGAGCACGGCCCGCGGCCGGCGGCGACUACGACAAGAAAAACUACGUCUGAGGGCGCCAGGCACGGCGGGGCCCCUCGUGUCAGCGACGCUCACAAGCCGGAGUACUGCCAUGGAGCUCCGCAGCCCGUCCACUCCGACCGUUACUCGCUGGGUCCUGGGCGGUGCCCUGCCUGAACAGGCAACACGCACUUGGGAGGACUUGCUCGGUUUCUUUUUCUGGGGGCAUUGUUGGCUCCGACGUGGGUGGGGCUCAGAUUCCUUGGUUGUGUGGGCGCUGGACCAAAGAUGCCACUUCUCUGCCCAUCCCCACCAGCGGUUUCUGCUGAUUCCAGAGGGUCAGACUGAGGGCCCGGGGCCCCCAGCCUGGGUUGCAUGAAGGAUGUGUACAGCUGGCCUUUACCGCCAUCAGCAGGCCCUGAGCCUAGGGGGCCCAAGAGACUUGGUCUGGACCUCCCUCCCUCCCUCAACCCAGCAGCUCCCCAGGCCAAGAUCCUGAGUGUGGGGCUGGGGUGCUGUCCUCCUUCGCCGUUUGGGGGAGGGUAAGAAUUUGUUUAGUAAAUGGUUUGAAAACCCUC